AUGGCUGUAGAAGAAAAAGGACCUGAUGACUACACACAAGAUGGGACUGUGGAUCUCAAAGGGAACCCUGUCCUUAGAUCCAAGAGAGGUGGAUGGACUGCUUGUUCCUUUGUUGUUGUGUAUGAGGUGUUUGAACGCAUGGCCUACUAUGGUAUAUCAUCAAACUUGGUCAUUUACCUAACCAAGAAACUCCAUCAGGGCACUGUCAAGUCAUCCAACAAUGUCACCAACUGGGUUGGCACGGUUUGGGUUACUCCACUCUUGGGUGCAUACGUUGCUGACGCUCAUCUAGGACGCUAUUGGACGUUCGUGAUUGCAUCUGCAAUCUAUCUUGCGGUAUAUCUCAUCUACUACACACACGGGAUGUCUGUACUAACCCUAGCAGUUUCAGUCCCUGGACUAAAGGCCCCUCGCUGUGUGGAUCAAAAUGUAGAAAAUUGUAAGAAGGCAUCCACAUUACAACUAGCAGUAUUCUAUGGUGCACUCUACACCUUGGCAGUGGGCACCGGUGGGACGAAGCCGAACAUCUCGACCAUCGGAGCCGACCAGUUUGACGAUUUCGAGCCGAAGGAGAAAGCUCAGAAGCUCUCAUUCUUCAACUGGUGGAUGUUCAGCAUCUUCUUUGGGACACUAUUUGCCAACACAAUUCUUGUGUAUAUACAAGACAAUGUGGGCUGGACCCUUGGAUAUGGGCUUCCCACCUUGGGCCUUGCGAUAUCGGUUCUGAUUUUCUUGGUUGGAACACCGUUUUAUAGACAUAGGGUUCCCUCUGGGAGUCCAUUCACAAGGAUGGCUAAGGUCAUAGUGGCUGCCCUAAGGAAGUGGACUGUACCUGUUCCUAGUGACCCUAAAGAGCUCUAUGAACUUGAUUUGGAAGAGUACACCAAGGGAGGAAAGUUUAGGAUUGACUCUACACCAACAUUAAGAUUCCUCAACAAAGCUUGUGUCCAAGCAGGUUCAACCAAUCCAUGGAUGUUAUGCUCAGUCACCCAAGUUGAGGAAACAAAGCAAAUGCUCCGAAUGAUACCAAUCUUGAUAGCCACAUUUAUUCCCAGUACCAUGAUUGCUCAAAUCAACACCCUUUUUGUCAAGCAAGGCACCCUUCUGAACAGAAAUCUUGGGAGCUUCAAAAUCCCUCCGGCCAGCCUAACCGCGUUUGUAACGAUCUCCAUGCUCAUCUGCGUCGUGCUAUACGACCAAUUCUUCGUAAGAAUAGUGAGGAGGUGGACAAAAAACCCAAGAGGCAUCACUCUUCUACAAAGAAUGGGAAUUGGUAUAGUCAUCCACAUUUGUAUCAUGACAAUUGCAUCCCUAACUGAGAGGCAUAGGCUUAAUGUGGCCAAGGACCAUGGUCUAGUCGAAAAUGGAAAACCAGUACCCCUAACAAUUUUCAUUCUACUUCCUCAAUUUGUGCUUAUGGGAACCGCGGACGCGUUUCUAGAGGUGGCAAAGCUCGAGUUCUUCUAUGAUCAAGCACCUGAAAGCAUGAAGAGUCUUGGGACUUCUUAUGCCAUGAUCACUCUAGGAAUUGGGAAUUUCGUAAGCAGUUUCCUUCUUUCAACAGUUUCUCAUAUCACCAAGGAGCAUGGUCACCAUGGCUGGAUUUUGAACAACCUCAAUGCUUCUCACCUUGACUAUUAUUACGCGUUUUUCGCAUUACUAAGCUUCUUGAAUUUCAUUUUUUUCUUGGUCAUGACUAAGUUCUAUGUAUAUAAGGCAGAAGUCUCGGAUUCAAUGGCAGUUCUUACAGAAUCACUGGGAGGAUCAACCCAUAGAUUAGCUAAUCAAGAAGCACAGAGGACCUAAGUAGACAUGGCAAGCUAGGCAGAGCAGAAAGUUCAGAAAAGGAAAAACAAGACUGCAUGCAACUUGGAGACAAUGUGAUUUACCUUUUGGGUGUUGGCUGUUGGGCUGAGUGUGCUUUAAGUUUUUCUUUAUUUCAUUGAAAAAAAAUUGUACUUGUACACUUUGUUAAAAGAAAAGGAAUGAAAUAUAGAAAUUAGC